GGUGCUCCUCCUGCGACAGAAAACAGUGCAGAAAAUUGCAACCAAGACUAAGUGUCAGCUGUUUGAACUGUAACUGGAAGAAAAGAUUGUAGUAGUUUAGUCUUCACUCAGAAAGCAAAAAGGACUAGCCGUAUCUAAAACACUUAUUUUUCAAAAUGUGAUCUGGAUUUAAUUACAUUUAUGGUAACUUGAAGAACUGAACAAAGGACUAAAAAUAGGAACACGGGGUGACAUGAAAAGGACCAUGUCACCCUUAGUGGUUCUAUUGAUUCUUAUAGGACUGUUGAGGCCAACAUGUGAAAAUGUACAUAAUGUGACUGAUUCAGAAGUUUCACAUCAUACGCCCUCACCAGACCAAAGGGUUAAUGUCAGGAACCAACUUAUUAGAAGAGCACUGGAUUAUUGGCCCGUGGCCAAUCGUACAGAAAUUAAAGUUUUUAGGAGAGGACCACUAGUUAUUUCCAGACAAUACUGGUACCCAGUUUUAGAAAUAGGCAUUAAAAAAUCACCUGCAAUUACCGCAGCCACAACAUCAACAAAAUCAUUCAGCUCUUUACCAGCAACAGCAACUAUGUUGCCCACUUCUUCUUUCCCAGCAACAACCAUUUCAGGGCCAUCAACAACCAAAACAACAAUGUCUACCAUUUCAAUGGAGUCCCUAACAACCAGCAUUCAAGAACAUAUCAGCAAACAGAAGACCACCUCAACACAAAUAUCAGAAACCACAACAGAGCUUGAAACUUCAGCAACGCUGGAAACAAUCACCACUCCAACAACAACAAUCUCACCAACUACCAACUCAAGACAACAAACAACAAUCACACAUUCUACAACUUCAGCAAUGCUAUCAAAAACUACCACUUCAAACAAUAUCGCAUUAGAAACCUCAAGGCAAAUAACAGCCACUACGACAAAGCUCACAAUGUCUGUACUUCCAGAAACAACCCCUCCAUUAAACACACCAGUAACUACCUCAACACAACUAACAAGCAACAUAAAACCCACCACCACUAGAAGUACACUGGGAUCAACAUUAAAAUGGACACCAGAGGAAACUGCAACACCAGAGGGUGCUACAACCAGUAUGCAGACAACAGCUGUAAAGGAUGAGUCAGAUGUUCCUGAAGUAACAACAACUGCCAUUUCAUCUAUAAAUCUGCCAGGUACAUCAGGAGCGGGAGUUAGUUUUGAAAGUACAACAGCUGAAAGAACAUCCACAACUGCAUCAUUGGUUUCAGAUGCAACUUCAUGGACGACAGUGGCACCUGGAACAACAAAGACAGCAACAACAAUUUCAAUACCCCAAACAGGGGUCACGGCAACACUUCAGCCUAAGCAAACAGUAGCUACAACAGAGGCAGUGACAAUCAAUGCAGAACAGUCUGCAAUAACAGUGUCAUCAUCACCUCAAGUCACAACAGAACCUUUAACAGCCAAAACAGAUUUAGUAACACCAAGUAAAACAACAGUGUCUACAUCUGAAACAGCACCACCAACAACAAAAAUACUAUCAUCUAAUGCUGUUUUCACAGCUGCAGAAACAACAAGUGUAACUACUUCAACAUCCACAGAAGCAACAUCAGCAUUGACAGCAAAUGCAAUGGGAACAACCACAGAAGCAACCGCUGGCAAUGGAUUGGAAACAACCAAAUCUACACUAGCUGAGGUUUCAUCUACUAUAUUACAGUCUGUGACAGUAGAUACUGUGACAACAACAACAGGCCUGUCAGUGUCUGCUACUGCACCCAAAGCUUCAACCUUGGUACCAGUGACAUCUCAAGUCACAACAGAACCCUCACCAGCCCAAAAGGAAACUACAAAAUCAAUGUCAGUGAAGCCAGUAACAGUGGCUCAUACCUCAGAAGUCUCCACCACUGCCAAAAGAAUGACACAAGAACCUACAACACAUACUGACAUUGGUUCUUCAUCAGCAGGAAUAAUUACAUUAAAAGCACCUGGUACAACAGAAUCAGCAUUUGCUCCCACUACGGCAGCACCAAUGACCGAGGCAUCAUCAUCUUUACCUGAAACAGAUCAAGUAAAGACAACAACUGCAAGACCUUCCAGAACUACAGAAUCAUCUGCAGAAGCCCCAACAUUGCUGGUACCAACAAGUGCAACUAAUUUAACACCGGCAGCAGUGACAUCAGAAUUGCCAGCAGGGACAACCACAGCAGCAGCUGUUAGAAAUGAACUGGAAACAAUCGUGACAACUACAACAGAAGAUAUACUGACAACAGGCCUAGCAGAGUCUCCUACUGUGCCCAAAGCUUCAACCUUUGUAUCAGUGACAUCAUCAUUGCCAACAACUCCACUGGGCACAGCCACAGCAGCAACUAUUAGCAACAAACUGGAAACAACCAAGACUACACAAGCUGAGGUUUUGUCUACUGUAUUACAUUCUGUGGCAGUAAAGACAGUCACAACAACAACAAUAAUAACAGUCCUAGAAGAGUCUGCUACUGCACCCAAAGAUUCAACCUUGGUGCCAGAAACAUCUCAGGUCACAAUGGAACCUUCACCAGUACAAAGAGAAACUACAUUAAUGCCAAUGAAGCCAGUAACAGAAGCUCAUACCUCAGAAGACUCCACCACUGUCAAAAGAGUGACACAAGAGCCUACAACUCAAGCUGAUACUGGUUCUUUAUCAGCAGAAUCAACAUUUGCUCCUGCUACAGCAGAACCAAAAACAGAGGCAUCAUCACCUUUAACUGAAGCAGGUGUAGUAAAGACAACAAUUGCAAGACUAUCCAGAACUACAGAAUCAUCUGAAGAAGCCCCAACAUUGUCAGUACAAACAACAAUGGCAACUAUUGCACCAUCAGCAGGAGUGCCAUCAGCAUUGCCAGCAACUGCAGCAGGGACAACCACAGCAGCAACUGUUAGAAAUGACCUGGAAACAAUGAGGAUAACUACAACAGAAGAUAUAGUGACAACAACAACAGGCCUAGUCGAGUCUGCUACUGCACCCAAGGCUUCAACCUUGGAACCAAUGACAUCUCAAGCCACAACAAAACCUUCACCAACCCAAAAAGAAACUACAACAUUACUGUCAGUAAAGCCAGAAACAGUAGCUCAUACCUCAGAAGUCUCUACCACUGCCAAAAGAGUGACACAAGAACCUACAACACAUACUGACACUGGUUCUUCUUCAUCAGGACAAACUACAUUAGUAGCAUCUGGUACAAAAGAAUCAACAUUUGCUCCCACUACAACAGCACCAAAAACAGAGGCAUCAUCACCUUUAACUGAAGCAGGUGAAAUAAAGACAACAACUGCAAGAACAUCCAGAACUACAGAAUCAUCUGCAGAAGCCUCAACAUUGUUGGUACCAACAACAAGUGCAACUAUUGAAUCAUCAGCAGGAGUGUCAUCAGCAUUGCCAGAAACUCCAGCAGGGACAACCACAGCAGCAACUGUUAGAAAUGACCCAGAAACUAUCAGGAUAACUACAAUAGGAGAUAUGGGGCUAACUACAACAGAAGAUAUAGUGACAACAACAACAACAGGCCUAGCUGAAUCUGCUACUACACCCAAGGCUUCAACCUUGGAACCAAUGGCAUCUCAAGCCACAACAAAAUCUUCACCAACCCAAAAAGAAACUACAACAUUACUGCCAGUAAAGCCAGAAACAGUAGCUCAUACCUCAGAAGUCUCUACCGCUGCCAAAAGAGUGACACAAGAACCUACAACACAUGCUGACUCUGGUUCUUCAUCAGCAGGACAAACUACAUUAAGCACAACAGAAUCAACAUUUGCUCCCGUUACAGCAGCACCAAAAACAGAGGCAUCAUCACCUUUAACUGAAGCAGGUGUAGUAAAGACAACAAUUGCAAGACCAUCUGGAACUACAGAAUCAUCUUCAGAAGCCCCAGCAUUGUCGGUACCAACAACAAUGGCAACUAUUGCACCAUCAGCAGGAGUGUCAUCAGCAUUGCCAGCAACUGCAGCAGGGACAACCACAGCAGCAACUGUUAGAAAUGACCUGGAAACAAUGAGGAUAACUACAACAGAAGAUAUAGUGACAACAACAACAGGCCUAGCCGAGUCUGCUACUGCACCCAAAGCUUCAACCUCGAAAUCAAUGACAUCUCAAGCCACAACAGAACCUUCACCAACCCAAAAAGAAACUACAGCAUUACUGUCAAUGAAGCCAGUAACAGUGGCUCAUACCUCAGAAGUCCCCACCAUUCCCAAAAGAGUGACACAAGAACCUACAACACAUGCUGACACUGGUUCUUCUUCAUCGGGACAAACUACAUUAGGAACAUCUGGUACAGAAUCUUCUGCAGAAGCGCCAACAUUGUUGGUACAAACAACAAGUGCAACUACUGUAACAUUAGCAGAAGUGACAACAGCAUUACCAGCAGGGACAACCACAGCAGCAACUGUUAGAAAUGAACCGGAAACAAUGAGAAUAACUACAACAGAAGAUUUAGUGAAAACAACAACAGGCCAAGCAGAGUCUGCUACUGUACCCAAAGCUUCAACUUUGGUACCAAUGACAUCAGCCUUGCCAGCAACUGCAAUGGGCACAACCACAGCACCAACUGUUAGAAAUGAACCAGAAUCAACCAAGACUACACAAGCUGAGGUUGUGUCUACCGUAUUACAUUCUGUGCCAAUAGAUACAGUCACAACAACAUUUACAACAGUCCUAGAAGAGUCUGCUACUGCAUCCAAAGCUUCAACUGUUAGAAAUGGCCUGGAAACAAUCAGCAUAACUACAACAGAAGAUACAGUGACAACAACAGCAGGUCUAGAAGAGUCUGCUACUGCACCCAAAGCUUCAACCUUGGUACCAGUGACAUCUAAAGACACAACAGAACCCUCAACAGCCCAAAAAGAAACUACAACAUUAAUGUCAGGGAAGCCAGUAACAGUGGUUCAUACCUCAGAAAUCUCCACCACUGCCAAAAGAGUGACACAAGAACCUACAACACAUGCUGACACUAGUUCUUCAUCAGCAGGACAAACUACAUUAAGCACAACAGAAUCAACAUUUGCUCCCGCUACAGCAGCACCAAAAACAGAGGCAUCAUCACCUUUAACUGAAGCAGGUGAAGUAAAGACAACAACUGCAAGACCAUCUGGAACUACAGAAUCUUCUGCAGAAUUGCCAACAUUGUUGGUACCAACAACAAGUGCAACUACCGUAACAUCAGCAGAAGUGACAACAGCAUUACCAGCAGGGACAACCACAGCAGCAACUGUUAGAAAUGAACCGGAAACAAUGAGAAUAACUACAACAGAAGAUUUAGUGAAAACAACAACAGGCCAAGCAGGGUCUGCUACUGUACCCAAAGCUUCAACUUUGGUACCAAUGACAUCAGCCUUGCCAGCAACUGCAAUGGGCACAACCACAGCACCAACUGUUAGAAAUGAACCAGAAUCAACCAAGACUACACAAGCUGAGGUUGUGUCUACCGUAUUACAUCCUGUGCCAAUAGAUACAGUCACAACAAAAAUUACAACAGUCCUAGAAGAGUCUGCUACUGCAUCCAAAGCUUCAACUGUUAGAAAUGACCUGGAAACAAUCAGCAUAACUACAACAGAAGAUAUAGUGACAACAACAACAGGUCUAGAAGGGUCUGCUACUGCACCCAAAGCUUCAACCUUGGUACCAAUGACAUCAGCCUUGCCAGCAACUGGAAUGGGCACAACCACAGCACCAACUGUUAGUAAUGAACCAGAAUCAACAAAGACUACACAAGCUGAGGUUGUGUCUACCGUAUUACAUUCUGUGCCAAUAGAUACAGUCACAACAACAAUUACAACAGUUCUAGAAGAGUCUGCUACUGCAUCCAAAGCUUCAACUGUUAGAAAUGACCUGGAAACAAUCAGCAUAACUACAACAGAAGAUAUAGUGACAACAACAACAGGUCUAGAAGGGUCUGCUACUGCACCCAAAGCUUCAACCUUGGUACCAAUGACAUCAGCCUUGCCAGCAACUGCAAUGGGCACAACCACAGCACCAACUGUUAGUAAUGAACCAGAAUCAACCAAGACUACACAAGCUGAGGUUGUGUCUACCAUAUUACAUUCUGUGCCAAUAGAUACAGUCACAACAACAAUUACAACAGUUCUAGAAGAGUCUGCUACUGCAUCCAAAGCUUCAACUGUUAGAAAUGACCUGGAAACAAUCAGCAUAACUACAACAGAAGAUAUAGUGACAACAACAACAGGUCUAGAAGGGUCUGCUACUGCACCCAAAGCUUCAACCUUGGUACCAAUGACAUCAGCCUUGCCAGCAACUGGAAUGGGCACAACCACAGCACCAACUGUUAGUAAUGAACCAGAAUCAACCAAGACUACACAAGCUGAGGUUGUGUCUACCGUAUUACAUUCUGUGCCAAUAGAUACAGUCACAACAACAAUUACAACAGUUCUAGAAGAGUCUGCUACUGCAUCCAAAGCUUCAACUGUUAGAAAUGACCUGGAAACAAUCAGCAUAACUACAACAGAAGAUAUAGUGACAACAACAACAGGUCUAGAAGGGUCUGCUACUGCACCCAAAGCUUCAACCUUGGUACCAAUGACAUCAGCCUUGCCAGCAACUGGAAUGGGCACAACCACAGCACCAACUGUUAGUAAUGAACCAGAAUCAACAAAGACUACACAAGCUGAGGUUGUGUCUACCGUAUUACAUUCUGUGCCAAUAGAUACAGUCACAACAACAAUUACAACAGUUCUAGAAGAGUCUGCUACUGCAUCCAAAGCUUCAACUGUUAGAAAUGACUUGGAAACAAUCAGCAUAACUACAACAGAAGAUAUAGUGACAACAACAACAGGUCUAGAAGGGUCUGCUACUGCACCCAAAGCUUCAACCUUGGUACCAAUGACAUCAGCCUUGCCAGCAACUGCAAUGGGCACAACCACAGCACCAAUUGUUAGUAAUGAACCAGAAUCAACCAAGACUACACAAGCUGAGGUUGUGUCUACCGUAUUACAUUCUGUGCCAGUAGAUACAGUCACAACAACAAUUACAACAGUUCUAGAAGAGUCUGCUACUGCAUCCAAAGCUUCAACUGUUAGAAAUGACCUGGAAACAAUCAGCAUAACUACAACAGAAGAUAUAGUGACGACAACAACAGGUCUAGAAGGGUCUGCUACUGCACCCAAAGCUUCAACCUUGGUACCAAUGACAUCAGCCUUGCCAGCAACUGCAAUGGGCACAACCACAGCACCAACUGUUAGUAAUGAACCAGAAUCAACCAAGACUACACAAGCUGAGGUUGUGUCUACCAUAUUACAUUCUGUGCCAAUAGAUACAGUCACAACAACAAUUACAACAGUCCUAGAAGAGUCUGCUACUGCAUCCAAAGCUUCAACUGUUAGAAAUGACCUGGAAACAAUCAGCAUAACUACAACAGAAGAUAUAGUGACAACAACAACAGGUCUAGAAGGGUCUGCUACUACACCCAAAGCUUCAACCUUGGUACCAAUGACAUCAGCCUUGCCAGCAACUGCAAUGGGCACAACCACAGCACCAACUGUUAGUAAUGAACCAGAAUCAACCAAGACUACACAAGCUGAGGUUGUGUCUACCGUAUUACAUUCUGUGCCAAUAGAUACAGUCACAACAACAAUUACAACAGUUCUAGAAGAGUCUGCUACUGCAUCCAAAGCUUCAACUGUUAGAAAUGACCUGGAAACAAUCAGCAUAACUACAACAGAAGAUAUAGUGACAACAACAACAGGUCUAGAAGGGUCUGCUACUGCACCCAAAGCUUCAACCUUGGUACCAAUGACAUCAGCCUUGCCAGCAACUGCAAUGGGCACAACCACAGCACCAACUGUUAGUAAUGAACCAGAAUCAACCAAGACUACACAAGCUGAGGUUGUGUCUACCGUAUUACAUUCUGUGCCAAUAGAUACAGUCACAACAACAAUUACAACAGUUCCUGAAGAGUCUGCUACUGCAUCCAAAGCUUCAACUGUUAGAAAUGACCUGGAAACAAUCAGCAUAACUACAACAGAAGAUAUAGUGACAACAACAACAGGUCUAGAAGAGUCUGCUACUGCACCCAAAGCUUCAACCUUGGUACCAGUGACAUCUAAAGACACUGGAAGAAUCCUCAGCACCAACUGUUAG